AGUUCAGUGUCAAUUGAAGAAUCUGUCGGCAAGCACCGCCUCGACGCCGAGAUCCGAGAAAUACAUAAAAGGCAGCAACAAUAUAAAGUAAAAUAAGAAUAAAAUAAAAGAAAAUUAAAAAGCGAAAAACGAGUAAACGUGAGCACGAUAAAUACGACAACCACAAACAAAGAGCUUGGCACGUUAUACAUAAAUACAUAUGUAUGUAUACCAAUCUACAUGCAUAUGCUACUGGUGGAUUGAAUACAUAAAAGCACGCAUAAUACAUAUAUCGCGCUAAAAAGAAACGGGCAGGCAAACGAUAUAGGCCUUACUCCAAUUGAACGUGAAAUUUAUUGGAUUUAAUUGUUGAAAGUAAAAGGAAAAAACAAAACAAAAACAACCGUUAAAAGUAAACAAGAACUGUUCAAACUAUUGGAAUUUUAUAGUAAAAAAAAAAGAAGAUUCAGUGAUCCAAAGAGCGGGGAGCUUCAGAGAGCGUAGCACGCGCAGACAGAUAUACACACGCGUAUCUUUAGUAUAGACGCCACAACAAACUGAAGGAGAUGAAUCGAAGUUUGCCGUCGAAUGGCAGCCACAGCCACAGCCUCGGACUUCCGGCUCUGCUGUUUACCCUCCUGCUGUGUCUAGUCGCCCAGGCCGCCAGUCGACCCUCGACGGAGGAUGACACUGACAUUGCAGUCCUGCCCCCGGAUACGGACAAUGUGGAGAUCCAUGAAGUGAGAAUGGUGGACGGCGUCAUGCAGGCGGACCAUCCGGUGAUCAUGUACAAGGAGGAUUUCGUCAGCGAGGAUUAUGACCCCAGCAAAAACAAGACCACCGCGGUGCACCACAAGAAGCGCAAGCACUCCCGCACGCAUCACCAUCGCCGGCAGCCCCAGCUGGAGAAGGAGGAGGAGAAGAUCUACUUUGAUGUCCUGCCCGACAAGCCCAUUGUGCUGAACGAUGACCUGGAAGCGGCGCCGGUCAAGAACAUGGACGAGGCCUCGGAGCUGGUGAAGCCCACGAAGGAGGAGUGGCUGAGGAAGAGCCACAAGAAGUACCACAGUCGCCAGCGUCGUCAGGCCUACACUCCGUGCGACCACUCCAACUACUACCAGACCCCGUCCCAUGCGGUCUACUUCCGGCACCCAGCACCGCCCUCUGCCUAUUACUAUCUGCCACCGCAGCCAUCACAAAGAUUGCCAGUGUCCGGUAAGAAGCCUAUCCUGCCCGGCAAGCUGCCCAUUUGGCAGGACAAAACCAACGAGAAUCCCGCCACCCCAACGAGCAUUGACAGCAGGGACGACUUUCUGCUGCACAACUCUGAUCCACAGGAGGCCGAUUUCUCGAUAUUCGAUCAGCCCAGGCCCAAUCCCAAUCUGAUCGGCGGCGGCAGCGGUGGCGGCGGCUCUGCAUCCAGCUCUGGCUCUGACAUAGGACGGGACAAUACCAUCAGCAAUAGUCGGCCGCCAAAGAACAAUCAAGUGUGGGGUCCCAGCAGCAAUACCCGUCCAGCGAGCCGACCCAGCUGGUCAUCGACGCCGACGACAAGUCGGCCGUGGAACUCCCGGCCAGUGACUGCCGCGCCCACCAGGCCUCCACUCACGCCCCGGGCGACAUCCGCGCCCAAGGUUACCAACUGCGUGUGGGCGAUCGUCAACUGCUGCUCGAAGGGCAGCAAGAAGAUCCGUUACAACUGCUUCGAGGAGUUUGGCUGCAGCGGCGCCUUCUGGGGCAUAAAUCCGUGUGCCGAAGAGACCGUGCUCGAUGCCGACGAACGCCUCCAAGAAACCUAUCCCCUUGACUCGCCCGUGCCUGUGGCAGCAUCAGCGCCCCUGGCGCCACAACCUUCCUACCGGCAAGAGGCCGUGCAAUAUCCCGAGGAGCUUGACUAUGAGCCGGGCAGCAGCUGCCAUCGCGCCUCGAAGCUCUGCUGCAGUCUGUACAGCCGGAACAUAGGCUCGCUAUACGACUGCUUCCAGCAUCACGGCUGCGAUCAGAGCCUCUCCAAUAUAAUCUCCCGAUGCUCCUAGUCUCCACCCCCCCACUGGCCUGGGAUGCGGUCAGCAAAGCUUUUAGCGUGCCUCGUGUCUGCCAGCUGCGUCAGCGACUGCUACUGCCACUGCAUAUGCAUAUGCAUUUACAAUUAAAAUCUAAUGAGUUUUGUCUGUAAGAGCAGCCUCGUUUCGCACAUACUGAGAGCUGCAGUCAAAGUUUCCUAAUUAGUUGUAGGAAGCAACAGAAAUUCUAGUCGGUUUAUGUUCCCUACUUGUGCGCGUACUGCAUCAAAGGCUGGUGCAAACGGG